AUGUACCCCCCUACGACGACCCUACCGGUCUACUCGGUGUUGACUGCUGUCGCCAUCGUCCUCACGGUUGUCCGUUUCUGGACCCGCAUUAGCUACACCAAGACCAAUGUUGGAGCUGAUGACUGGUUCAUCUUCACCGGCGUGGUCAUUUGUUGCGGCUGCACGGCUAUCCAGUUCUAUAACGCCCUGGAGGGAACUGGAGGCCAGGCUGUGACUAACAAGGACGACGCCGCCCAGAUUGUCGCGUCAAAGAAGGCAGAUUUCGUCAUGGUUCUGAUCGAGAAGCCCGCGUUUGGGUGCAUCAAACUUUCGCUUCUGUUCUUUUACAAGCGCAUAUUCGAUACCUGGAACAGCUUUCGCAAAGCAAACACGAUACUCAUCGGCGUCGUCAUCGCUUGGACCAUUGCUUUCAUCGUUGGUGAUCUGGCCAUCUGCGGAACCAAGCUUCACUAUGUCUAUUUGCUGGAUCAGUCACUUGCGCGGGACCAUUGCGGAGACAAGGGCUUUCUUUUGCUCAUGUUCGCCAUUACCAGUGUCCUGACGGACAUGUUGGUGCUUGGCCUUCCGUUCUUUUACAUUCGCAGGCUGCAAAUGCCGCCCCAGAAGAAGCUCGCAACUUGCCUUGUCUUUUUUCUUGGCUUUAUCUCGACCGCCGCCGGUAUGAUGCGCACAAUCUUCUUGGGCAUCUCGUACCCCAUGGGCCGAAUGGCUUGGGGAUAUGUUUCGCCUCCCGACCAGCCUACUCCCCUCGUACUUCAAGUCUUCAACCCAACCUUCUGGGUCAUGGUGGAGAUGUUCCUCGGCACGUGGGCUGCUAAUCUCCCGCCACUCGGCCCUCUACUGGGCGCCAUGGGCUUCAGAGAAUGGGUCAGUAGUGCGUACAGGAAGGUCUCGGCCAUCUCUACCUCGUGGAGCGGAACAAGGACCAAGACGACCGAGAAAAGCUAUGCUACGCGCGCUGGGGAUGAGCGCAACCUCACACACCAGACUAGCGACUCCUCUCUGGAGGCUCAGGAUCGGCUGAGCGUCGACUCUUGGAGUUGGCGAGAUCGCCGGUGA